AUGGCUCCAACGACGUGUUUCAACUGCAAGGAGGCCCGGGCGGUUAUAAUCCGCCCUAAGAACCGACACAAGCUCUGCCGAACGUGCUUCCUGGAGGUAUUCGAGACCGAAGUCCACGAGACGAUCAUCGGCACCAACCUAUUCUGCCCCGGAGAACGAGUCGCGAUAGGCGCCAGCGGUGGCAAGGACAGUACUGUACUAGCAGCAGUCCUGAAGACACUAAACGAGCGAUACGGAUAUGGACUGGACCUGUGUCUUCUGUCCAUCGAUGAGGGUAUCCGUGGCUAUCGCGACGACAGCCUGGAAACCGUCAAGCGCAAUGCGGUGCAGUACGACAUGCCGCUAGAGAUACUUGGAUACGGGGAGCUUUACGGGUGGACUAUGGAUCAGGUGGUGGCACAAAUUGGCAAGAAGGGCAACUGCACAUACUGCGGUGUAUUCCGGCGACAGGCUCUUGAUCGGGGCGCGGCGAAAUUAGGCAUCAAGCAUGUCGUGACUGGACAUAAUGCGGACGAUGUCGCGGAGACUGUCAUGAUGAACCUUCUCCGCGCUGACUUGCCGCGCUUGUCUCGAGGAACGAGUAUUGUGACUGAAUCCGGCGCAUCGGAUAUCAAGCGCAGUAAGCCGUUGAAAUACGCCUAUGAGAAAGAGAUCGUGCUCUACGCCCACCACCGCCAACUCGAUUACUUUUCUACCGAGUGUAUCUAUUCCCCAGAGGCAUUCCGGGGUAGCGCUCGAACCCUGAUCAAAGACCUGGAGAAAAUUCGACCUAGUUCGAUCUUGGAUAUCGUGAAGAGUGGCGAGGAUAUGGCUGCCCUCGUGCCGCAAGAAGUCAACCAGAGCGGCAAGAAAUGCGGGUCGACUGCAGCCGCUGAAGACGACGUUGGUGGUUGUGGAAGUCAGAACGGACGUACCAGUGGUGGUGAGAUGGCCGCUAUGGAGAAGGAACUGGCUGAAAAUGAGUCUGCCGAGUCCCGUGAGACUGAAAUUCGCCUACCCAAGGGCCAGCCUUUGAAUGUCUCUCAGCAAAAAGUGGUCAAGAAACAGACUCUUGGUCAUUGCGAACGCUGCGGAUAUCUCUCGAGCCAGCGUAUCUGCAAAGCAUGCAAUCUCUUGGAUGGUCUGAACCGAAACAGGCCCAAGACUGCAAUCGAAGUUAGCGUCGGGAUGGAAGACGAGGAGAGCAGCUCCACGCUCAUGAGACAGAUGGAACGGACUCAGUUGACCAACAGUUGA